AUGUUGUGGUGUGUGACUCUGACUUGUCUGGUGUCACUCGUGUGGGGCCAAGAGCUCGUGCAGAACAGCGGCAUGGAAACAAUCAAUUACUGGAACUGCUGGGGAUUCCAGUGUCACGUGACGAGUACACGUCACAGUGGAUCUCAUGCUAUACAAACCUCUGGAAGGACAAAUGACUACCAAGGACCAGGACAGUUUAUAAACCUUCAGUCUGGACGGAGUUACAAAGUUUCGGCUUAUGUGCGCUUGCUGAACGAUCAUGCUGGUGAACUCCGACAGAACUUACAGAUAACUGUGGCGUUUACGUUUUUUGAUGGAACCAAGGAUUGGGUACAUGUUGCUAAUGAGCCAGUUGCACGGAAAUCAGACGGCUGGAUUCAUCUGAUGGGAGAUAUUCACGCUCCAAGCAAACAAAUCAAGGAGUCACUGGUUUACGUUGAAGGGCCAAAACCAGGUGUUGACUUUAUCGUGGACGAAUUCUCUGUUACACCAAUUGCCACGGAUCUGAGCUGGCGUCAUGCGUCGGAUUCAAAUAUCAACAAGUUCAGGAAGAGCAGCAUUGUAAUUAAUGUUCACACGAAUGGACCCGUGGAUUUGAAUCAAGUGGUAGUUGAAGUAAGACUGAUCUAG